AUGCCUAUCACUAACAAGGAGGCUGCUCCCGGUGCUGCCAUGAAGGCCGAGAUCGAGGAUUACACCAAGGCCCUGGAGGUCGUGAAGACCUACACCGUUAAGGAUGGUCUCGAUAUCGAUACUCUGCUGGACUCGGACAAGCACGGAGCUUUGACUUACAAUGACUUCCUUGUCCUGCCCGGCUAUAUCGGCUUUGCCGCCUCCGACGUCAGCCUGGACAGCCCUGUCACCAAGCGCAUCUCCUUGAAGGCCCCCCUUCUGUCCUCGCCCAUGGACACCGUCACCGAGCACAACAUGGCCAUCCACAUGGCUCUGCUUGGAGGCCUGGGUGUCAUCCACCACAACUGUGCCCCCAACGACCAGGCCGAGAUGGUCCGUAAGGUUAAGAGAUACGAGAACGGUUUCAUCCUGGACCCCGUCGUUCUUGCUCCUACCGCCACUGUUGGUGAGGCCAAGGACCUCAAGGCCAAGUGGGGAUUCGGUGGCUUCCCUGUCACUGAGAACGGAACUCUUCGUUCCAAGCUUAUUGGUAUGGUCACCUCUCGUGACAUUCAGUUCCACCACGACCUGAAUGAGCCAGUCACCUCUAUCAUGGCCACUGAUCUGGUCACCGCCCCCGCUGGUACCACUCUGGCCGAGGCCAACGAGGUUCUUCGUCAGUCCAAGAAGGGCAAGCUGCCCAUUGUCGAUGAGGCUGGAAACAUUGUCUCUCUGCUGUCUCGCUCGGACUUGAUGAAGAACCUGCACUACCCUCUGGCCUCCAAGCUCCCCGACUCCAAGCAGCUCAUCUGUGCUGCUGCGAUCGGUACCCGCGAGGAGGACAAGUCUCGUCUUAAGCUCCUCGUCGAGGCUGGUCUGGACAUUGUUAUCCUGGACAGCAGCAACGGUAGCAGUAUGUACCAGGUCCAGAUGGUCAAGUACAUCAAGGAGACUUUCCCCGACAUCGAUGUUAUUGCCGGUAACGUCGUUACCCGUGAGCAGGCUGCUGUUCUGAUUGCUGCCGGUGCCGAUGGCCUGAGAAUUGGCAUGGGUAGCGGUAGUGCCUGUAUCACCCAGGAGGUCAUGGCUUGUGGUCGCCCCCAGGCCGCUGCUGUCCGCAGUGUCUCUUCAUUCGCUGCUCGCUUCGGCGUUCCUUGCAUUGCUGACGGUGGUAUCCAAAACGUUGGUCACAUCGUCAAGGGUCUGGCCAUGGGUGCUAGCACUGUUAUGAUGGGUGGUCUGCUUGCCGGUACCACCGAGUCCCCUGGCGAGUACUACGUUAGUAACGAGGGCCAGCUCGUCAAGGCCUACCGUGGUAUGGGCUCCAUUGCCGCCAUGGAGGACAAGAAGGCCGGUGCCAACAGCAAGGAUAGCAAGGCUUCCAACGCCGGUACCGCCCGUUACUUCUCUGAGAAGAGCAGCGUUCUGGUCGCCCAAGGUGUUGCUGGCUCCGUCCUUGACCGCGGUUCCGUCACCAAGUUCAUCCCUUACCUUAUGGCUGGUGUCCAGCACUCUCUCCAGGAUAUGGGUGUCGAGAGCCUGGACAACCUGCACCAGGGUGUUAACAACGGCACUGUCCGCUUUGAGAUGCGUAGUGCCAGUGCUAUGGCCGAGGGUAACGUCCACGGUCUGCACAGCUACGACAAGAAGCUUUACUCCGUAAUUCUUGUUUCUCCAAAGAACGAGGUUCUUCUGCUGCACCGAGUGCAGACGUCCAGCUCGUUCGCCUCUGCCCAUCCAAGACGGGCCUUGUCCCCCCCAGAGGAUCAUGCCCACCACGAAGAUGGUCCUUCGUAUCGACAAGCAGCUAUUAGAGAGCUCUUCGAAGAAAGUGGCAUUCUACUUGCUAAAGACAAAACCUCUGGGAAGAUGCUUGUAGUCGACGAAGCAACACGGGAGCAAGGCCGACGCCUGAUACAUCAAAACAAAGUUACCUUUGGCGACUGGCUAAGGCAGCAGAAUGCAACAGCAGAGGCUGAUAUAGAUCCGUUGAUUCCAUUCACGCACUGGAUUACUCCAAUUGCUAACCCCAAGCGCUAUACAACCCAGAUGUACCUGUAUUUUAUGCCACUCCCUGUCAAUAUAGACAAGAGAUUGCUGGAAGAUCUUCCUGAUGAGGGAGAGCGGGACGAGGUCCCAGUUCCGACCAGCGAUGGCGGUGUUGAAGUCACCGAGGCGCAAUUUCUUCCGGCUGCAGCGUGGCUUGAUCGGGCACAGAAAGGGGAAAUUAUUCUCUUCCCUCCGCAGUUUUUGCUUCUACAUUUAGUAUCGGGAUUUCUUGAUCAGGAGUCUCGCUCGACAGUCUCCAAUGGAGAAAUGGAGGAACGCCGGGCGGCACUGAUGAAAUUUGUACAUUCGGGCUCCCCUCCUUGGACGGACAAGUAUAUUUCACCCAAGAUGCUGAAAGUAACCGAGGAUGGCCGGACAGUUCUGGCAUUAGAUGAUGCGGGACCUGAACUAAAGGGAUCUGACAAGCGAGGCGAGUCCGAUCGGGUUGUCCUUGUACGAUUUACGAAGGGCAGUGCGAGAGAGGUGACUGUGGCUUGGAAGAAAGAUGCCCUGCGUGAAGGCAAAGAAGGUCGGAGCAAUCUUUAG